UGCGUGUAGAUAACGUGCGGGAAACUUACUGCGACAGGACGCGGCGCUAUGCUCUUUGUCAUUGCUUAAGGAGCGGUACUCACUCUUGCCGACGUUCUGGGGUUGAAGUCCUUUCUCUGGAGGAAUGGAACAAUAAACCAUGCUGUCGCCUGCAGUCGGCACAUUCUGUCAGUGGGCAAGGCGCCUAUAACUGUCACGAGUCUGCAGUGCUGAAGAAGCUCCAAGUGGAUUAGACUAGUGCCGUUUCCGGCACCACGUUCCACCUCCAGGGGAUGACGCAUUGUCGCCAGAGGGAUUAACUGGACCUCGCAUGAUGGGAGCAUUCGUACCAGCUUGGGAGCGCCACUUUCAUCGUGAUCAGCAGGGCCCGGAUAAUUUGCCGCUCCCGAUGCUCAGUUGGCGAGUUGCACGGCUGACGUGAGGCUGGGCUGAGCUAUUCCAAGUGGAUUACUCUCGUGAUCAUUCCGAUCUCACAGUGAAACCCGGCUAAUGAGACACCGUUGUCAAAGCGCCACAUGCCGUGGUCUUGUUCCGCUGAGAUCAUCAACUCGGCGAGCUGUGCGUCUGGCGUGAAGUGUUCUUAGGACCAUCUCUGCCGGAUUAUAACCGUGCUGCUUUCAGCAACCGACGGGUUUUCAGCGGAUGACGGCUUACUGCGAAAGGCGGCCGCAGUCUUUCAAGAUGCAGUCACAUGCCUCAGUUGAGCGCCACUUACUUCGGUGUCGCCAGGGAGAGCCAGCCGCCUGCUAGCGGCGUCGGGCACCCACCGCCAGAGCCAGACAGCGCACGGAGGCGAUGACGAACCGUCGGCGGCGCUGAUGGAUGAACCGCCCGCCGACACGGCACCGGUGCUGGCCUCGGACACGGCGGCGGUCGCCGGGCAGGCCGCCAGGACCCUGGGCUCGCCGCAGCUCAGGGUUCCCGCGUCGACCACCCUUCAGGUGCCCCGGCACCGGAGCCUUCCCAACGAUGGACAGGCGGCACCGCGCACUUCUGAGCAGCCCGGUGAUCUGGAGCUGCUUGAAAAUGGCGUUCCAAGCCCGUCCAACCGAAGCAGCACAUGCUCUGAAAUUGUGCGCAUCGAGCAGAUGGCCAGCGACCAGGACACGCCGCCGGAGACCAAGCUUGGCAAAUACAUCGGCAGAAUCAGGGGCCUUAAGAAAUGGGCGGUGCGCCACAAAAAGGCGAAGGAGCCCGAUCGACCAGACUCGUUCUUGGAGAAGUUCGCCAUGGGACAAGCGGCGGAUGAAGCACCAGAGCGUCCAAAAGGGGAACAAGCAAAGCAAAGCUUCUUCCGGAAGCAUGGCCGUGCAUUUGUCGUGGACCCGGCCGAAAACUUCCACUACCGCUGGCUAUCCGUGAUCAGCGCCGCUGUUCUUUACAAUGUGCUGGUAAUUGUGGGUCGCAGUGUGUUCUGGGAACUGCAGAACGCCAUGCCUAUCGCUUGGUACGUGUUCGACUACACCUGCGACGGCAUCUACCUCCUCGACAUGGUCUUCCACGGCAGAACAGGAUACCUUGAGCAAGGCCUUCUGGUCAGGAACACUCGCAAGCUUCUAAUAAGAUACAUCGAGUCACUCCACUUCAAACUGGACCUCAUCAGCCUGGUUCCUACGGACAUAGCGUACUUCUUCCUUGGUGUCGAGUGCAAUGUGCGUGUGCCAUGUACAGUGAUUGUGCGGCUGAACCGCCUCUUCCGCGCCUACCGAAUGCAGGAAUUCUCGGACCGGACCGAGGCCCGCACAAACUUUCCGUACGCAUUCCGCAUCGCCAAGCUUAUUUUCCUCAUAUUGGUGAUCAUCCACUGGAACGCGUGCCUAUACUUCGCCGUAAGCUACGCCAUAGGCUUCGGCACUGACAACUGGGUGUACAAGAACAUUAGCCUGCCCGUGUACGGCACUCUGCGGCAUCAGUACAUCUACAGUUUCUACUGGUCAACGCUGACUCUGACAACCAUAGGGGAAGUGCCCAUUCCGGAGAAGGACGCAGAGUACGUGUUCGUCGUUAUUGACUUUCUCGUUGGCGUGCUGAUCUUUGCCACCAUUGUCGGCAAUGUGGGCAGCAUGAUCACUAACAUGAAUGCUGCGAGAGCCGACUUUCAACACCGCAUGGACAGCGUAAAGCAGUACAUGGAGUUCAGAAAAGUGAGCAAGGAGCUGGAGAACCGGGUCAUAAAGUGGUUCGACUACCUCUGGACAAACAAGCAGUCAUUGGACGAAGAUAAGAUAACGUCAAUGCUUCCCGACAAACUGAAAGCUGAGAUCGCGAUCCACGUACAUUUGGAUACACUAAAAAGAGUCAAACUCUUCCAAGACUGCGAGCCUGGACUUUUGGUGCAGCUAGUGUUGAAGUUGAGGCUUCAAGUAUUCAGCCCCGGAGACUACAUUUGUCGCAAGGGCGACGUCGGCAAGGAGAUGUAUAUUGUAAAAAGGGGAAAACUGAGUGUGGUUGGUGACGACGGGCGGACUGUGUUUGCCACCUUGAGCGACGGUAGUGUGUUUGGAGAACUCAGUAUACUGAACAUCACCGGCAACAGAACAGGAAACCGUAGGACGGCAAACGUUCGCAGCGUAGGUUACUCUGACCUUUUUUGCCUCUCCAAAGAGGACCUCUGGAUAGUGCUGGAGGAAUAUGCGGAGGCUAAGAAGAUGCUGAUCGAGAGAGGACGCAGCAUACUGCGCCGUGAUGGCCUGCUGGACGAAGACGCCGUCAAGGCUUCCGAGAAAGAACAGGAGUCUCUGCAGGGAAAGUGUGAUCGGCUCGAGAAAGCGUUGGACAACCUUCAAACGCGAUUUGCCCGGCUUCUGGCCGAGUACAUGGCCUUCCAGGUGAAGAUGAAACAACGCAUAAGCAGACUAGAAGGACGUGCAGGCGUCGAUGACAACGUACCGGUUGCUGUGGAUGAUGACGAUGACGCUGCAAGUCAAAGCAGCCAGCUGUGAUGUUGUGCGACUUCAAUGACUGAAUAUUUUGUGCUGAAUGGACGGGUUCAUCAUCUAAACACUCAUGCAUCAAGUAUCUUAAUGUUAGAUUUUACAAAGAUGAAUCGGUUUAGUCUAUAAUUAAUAUGUUAUGAGCGGUAAUCAUUGUUACCACGCUUUUCUAUAUCGCGAUAUUCCUGCGUGUUGAAAGACACUUUAAUGUAACUUCAGCAGAAACACGACUGGGAUGUUUUUCACAGCAGAAAAAAAGUAUCUAACUGAUGUUGAACAAUCGUGUUACACGUUGUAGUAUCUACGUCAGUAUCUAAGUCUUACACUUUGCAGUAUCUAGAGAAAGGCUAGACCCGAAACCCCUGAGCAUAAUCUGUUGUGGUUGAUGCCAGUUGUUGCAAUCUAAAACGUAUAUACAAGUGUGAGGUCACACUAAUGAUCUAGUUGUUGUUCUGAGCGCUAAGUUAGGGCGAAACAGCUUUAACCACUCUUUUAGAAUGAUAUGAAAGAAGCGUUGCGCAUAUCUAUAUCGGUACCUGCAGGGAUGAGACCAUGACUGGAAAUUGUCACUCUUCAUGUGAUCAUAACGUAAUCGUGCAUUUUAUGAACAUUAGCUUUCUCUAAAGAUGAACGAGUACUUGCUUUAAAAAAUGUAAGCGCAUUUUCAGUAUAUAGAAGGAGCUAACAACCACCCCAUGCAGUGGUCAAGUGAAUAAUGCUAAAUACAAAGAAGUAAACACAACCACCUUAUUGCUAGCCUAUCCUCUGUGAAUAUGCUUGUUCCUUAGUUAGCACAUGCGGCCUUUGAGCGUUGGGGCAACUGGCGAUGAACAAGCCACUACCGCUGAACCUUGGAGACCAGGAGCGUUCGUACGACUGUGUGGGAAUCGCGCGUUUAUUACUCCAUUAGGAGAAAACGGACGCUGUACAGCAACAGAAUGAACUAAAGCAUUGUACAUGUGCUGCACUUCAUUGUUAAUGAACAUGAUGGCUUUUAUAUGUGCGGAUCGUAGGCAGAAUAUAAGGACGCAGAUUUGAAGAGAAAGGAAAGCUUGCAAGCUUUUGUCUAGCCCUCCAUAAUCUAGGCAAGGCAAAAAAUAACGUUUGCGGCUUGUGGACUUGUCCACGUAGUGCAUUAUUGCUUCAUGACAAGGGACCAGAUACCCUCAAGCCGAUAUAGCCCAAACGCGGCUGUUAUCGUCUUGACAAUUCUGACUCACCAAGUCGGUACCAUGUUGUGUGCUUUAGGGAUGGUUGCGAGUUUUGUGCCCAUAGUAACAGCAAUGUGUCUAACCGCUGUAACUCUAGUUGCACGCUUAGGAAGCAUUUCGCAGCGUUUAAUAAACAUUUAGUUCAUGGUAUAAAAAUUUCAUUCAAGCUUUUUCUCGCAUUUAGUCAUCUUGUCUUUGAGCUCCGAGGCUCUUCCCCAAAAUUCAGUGUGAAAUAACGUCUUGACAGAAAGUAUUAUCCAUGCGAAGGGGAGAGAACCGAACAUCAUUGCGUUUAGCCCUCGGCUUUGUUCUACGAUGUGUGAAAUUUGAGCAUUAAAGCAAUUGCUGCAUUUAUCAAACACGCCAAAUAUACUUUGCUGGUUGUACAUCAAGGCAUUCAAGAUAUAACAGCGUCUUAACAGAACUUUUACUACAUUAUAAGCUGCGGGUUUUCUUUUAACUGUCGAAUUGGUCUUCUAUAACACGUCACGUAAGGAUAAAUUGUUAUCUCAUAGACACUAUGAAUAUCGCAUGCUUCUAGUAAAUAAUUAUGUUAUCGUUAUUUUUAUUCAGCGAAUCUUUAUACCUAAUUCAGCACAAGUAUCCAAUUCAAAUUGCGAAUAACUCGGGAAGCAUGAGCGAGUUUUAAAAAUUCCAUCAGCUGGCCUAAUUUGUACAUGCCUUAUUGGGGGUCAUGUGAUCACAGAACGAAAUAAUUGAAGGUCGACUUCUCUCCGAAGGACUUCUACAGCGCGAAACAAAAGUUCAAGAAAAAGCAGGAAAAGAGGAACAUGCACAUGUGCUAUGUUGAUUUAAUUUUAAUUUUCUGCAUGUGACUGUGCUCGAAAUGAACGUCUGAACACAUGAAUUUAUUUUCUUCUUAACUACUCACAUCACUGCUUUAAACGUUGGUUUGUUGAUUGCAAAAUACUACAUUUGUUAUCUUUUCAAAAAAUCGUUAAGAUACCAGAUCCUAGGUACCUUAUCCAUUACCAACGUGGAGUGAAGCAUAGGUAAGCGGGGGCUUCGUUCUGUUUGUUGCAGAUAAUGACUUCAUAAGUCACCGAGAUGUGCUCGAUUUCAGAGAUAUCUCGCUCUAAUGCUUCUUUGCGCUCUGGUUUUGUGCCUCCUCAAACAUGCGCAAUGUUCUGAAAAGUUUUAAAUACAACCACAGGCAGGGGAUUUCCG